CAGACUGACAACUCAUGGGGCCCCUGGGUAAUAGGGGAUCAUGGGGCCCCUGUGUCCUCGCCCACACCCAAAAAAGCCUAUGAAAAAGCCAAUGAAAGGUACCAGGGGCAUCUCAUAGGGCCUCCUACUGACCCCAGGCCCUUGGGCAGUGCCCGAGUGCUCGAAUGGUCAGUCCGCCCCUGGUAUAUACCAUACCUGUGGACUCUCUCUAGAAUCUGGAAAUCACUGUAUGUGUGCUUUGGUUUUCAUCUGUGUCUUUGUGAGAGAGGAAAUCUCCCCAUCUUUCAUUUUGAAUGGCACCCCAAUGCACUA